AUGACCACCACCGCCGGCUGGACUGGUCAGAACAGAUCUAAUCGGAGGUGCCGCCGACGAGACCACCAAGCCCUCCACGCCGCCGUCGCUGAUCUGAAGGCAGCAUGCACGCCACCGCAGCCAAGCCGGCCGCCGCCGAUCGCAGCCGCCGCCGCCCGAAGGGCCAUCCGCAGCGCCCGCAGCCCUGGCCUCCGCCGCGCCAAGCCGUCGCCGUCCGAGGACGGGCCGGCCUCCCGCCGCCAUCCGCUGCGCCGCAGAUCCCAGAUCGGUCGCGCCACCACACGCCUUGGGGUCCGCCCUACCCCGGAGACGCGCGAGAGAGGAGAUCCCCCGCCACCGCCGUCGGCCCCCGGGCUUAGCCCGGCGGCAUCUUCCGGCGGCGGCGGAGGGAGGGGAGGAGGGAGUUUGCGCCGGCGACGGCUAGGUUUCUGGCCGCCCGAGUCGCCCUAG